CACAGCGGGUCGGAACCGACCGGGUCACAUGAGCCCACAGAGGUGCCAUUGGUUCUACUGGUUCUACAGGGUCUACUGGGUCUACAGGUUCUAUUGGAUCUACUGGGUCUAUAGGUUCUACUGGGUCUACAGGUUCUACUGGGUCUACAGGUUCUACUGGGUCUAUAGGUUCUACAGAGUCUACUGGGUCUACAGGUUCUACUGGGUCUAUAGGUGCUAUUGGUUCUACAGGUUCUACAGGGUCUACUGGGUCUAUAGGUUCUACAGGUUCUACAGGGUCUACUGGGUCUACAGGUUCUACUGGGUCUAUAGGUUCUAUUGGUUCUACUGGUUCUAUUGGGUCUACUGGGUCUACAGGUUCUAUUGGUUCUACUGGUUCUAUUGGGUCUACUGGGUCUACUGGUUCUACAGGUUCUACAGGUUCUACUGGGUCUAUAGGUUCUAUUGGGUCUAUAGGUUCUAUUGGGUCUACUGGGUCUAUAGGUUCUAUUGGGUCUACUGGGUCUAUAGGUUCUACAGGGUCUAUUGGUUCUACAGGGUCUACAGGUUCUAUUGGGUCUAUAGGUUCUACAGGGUCUACUGGGUCUACAGGUUCUACAGGUUCUACUGGGUCUACUGGUUCUACAGGGUCUACUGGGUCUACAGGUUCUACUGGUUCUGGUCCAACUCAGCGCUGCAGUACCGAGUCCAAUACUAAAACCAAGUCAACUGAAGGACCAGCUGGGCUGCAAAUAAUUAUUUUAGUUAAUUACUGAUCAAGAAUCGUCACUUUAUGAAAGUUACAGAAACAUUAAAUUCAUAAACAGGAGAAACUAAAACUGGAAAAAGUCGUUUGUUCAGUUUUAGUUUCAUUAUUGCUCCAGCAAAUGGAGUCGCUAUGACGACUAAUCAAUUAAUAUUGAUUAGUCGAUCAUUUCAAUAAUCAUGAGCCCUCAAGUCCUCCAGAACCUCCAGAGCCUCCAGAACCUCCAGAGCCUCCAGAACCUCCAGAGCCUCCAGAACCUGCGGGUCGGCGC